AUGACUUUGGAAAGAAAUCAACCUGAAUUAGGGAUUAACAAUGGCACUGCUGGCACUGCUGGCACUGCUGCCAUAGUUUACUUGACCGGCUGGCGAUAUGCUGCUGUGGGUAUUGCGAUAGUUUUGAGCAUGUUUUUGGCUUCAUUAGAUCUGACCAUCAUUGCCACAGCAAUUCCACACAUCACCGACGAAUUUCAUAGUCUUAACGAUGUUGGAUGGUAUGCCUCCGCGCUAUUCCUAACAGUCGCAGCGGCCCAAUCAUUGUGGGGAAAGGCUUUCAAAUAUUUUCCAAUCAAGACUGUCUAUCUGAUCAGUAUAGCUGUCUUUGAAGUUGGAAGUUUGAUAUGUGGUGUUGCUAGAAAUAGCACAACAUUGAUAGUAGGACGAGCUAUAACAGGUUUUGGUGUUGCAGGAACAUUCGGAGGAUCAUAUAAAAUUAUUGGAGUUUCAGCUCCACCAGAAAAAGACCUGCGAUGA